AUGACCACCAAUCGAAAAGCUAGCAGACAGAGAAAUGCCGGCAGCUCCACCCACACCGACAGUCAACCAAUUCCAAAUGAGGACGUCCAUGUGUUGGAAGAGGAUUCAUCGGCCGGUGGCAGUGAAGUUCCUGUGGAGGAGGCUGCUGCCCCUGCUGCCCGCUCUACUAGUACUACCAAAAAAAAUAUUAAAAACAAAAAGGAAGGAGAUGAAGUCACGAGCUGUGUGUUGGACUCAAUUUACAAAGUUCAGUGCCCCGGACGGAUACAAGAUGUCAAGGUGUAUGAAGUGUGGGAAGGAGUACGAGGCAGAUCCAUUUCUUAA